CAGCAAGCUUAUUGCUUUUAUAUAUUAUUAUAUACUUUCGAAGAUUGAUGUUGAUAAGAAGCACAUAAUAAGAAGUAAAAUGUACAGUACUUGUAACUAGUUAUAUAUCCUCAGCCGCGGUACGGUACAGGACGGUAUCAUAUAAUAUAGAACGCAGACUAGAGGCAGGGUAAAAUUUCGUGAUAGCAAAUACACGUACCGUACCCAGGCCUGUGUAUUAUUGCCGUACCUAGGCAUCGCAGCCCAGCGCCGAGUCUUCUGUUCUGUCUCGUCCAACCGCAUAAAUAAGUUACGUUACAAACCAGACAAACUUCAGCCAUUCCAUCCAUCCAUCCAUCCAUCCAUCCAUCAAUCAUCCCAUUCCGCCUCAAAUCUUCCUAUCUCGGAUUUCUCUCUCUCUCUCUCUCUCUCUCUCUCUCUCUCCUCGCGCUUCUGCAACCACCCCGUCUCUGUUCUCCGCUUUCUCUCCGCCCUCCUUCCCCCCCCCUUGUUCCCCGGGUAUCCUUCUCCUUAUCAUUUGCAAUUAAUUAUCUCGUUAUUUAAUUAAACCGCUCUCUAUUCUCGCGUCUCUAUUGGACUACUCUUACCACUUACUUGCAUAUCUCCCCCAACCCUCAUCCUCCUUUACCCAACCACCCUCCCCUCCAAUGCGCUAUUCGCAUCGCUAUCAGUAUUUUCCCACAGCAGCCUAAUCUAUUUUCGUCAUCUCAUCUCCUGCUCUGCCGCAUCUCAGCGUGGAGACAUGGUGGUCCCACCCUCGACUGGAGCAUUCACUGCCCAGCAGUCCCAGCCAUCGGCCACCCGCUCCUCAACCCGCGCCUCGAACUCGAACCACCACCACCAAUCUUACAAUGCCAAUGUCCCUCUGAGUGCUAGAAGGGCUGCGCCCCUCGAUCUCUCUACCGUCGAGCGACGUGGCCAUCCUGCUGCUAGUAGAGAUCCCGUCAAGCGUGUGCGACCUCAUGGUUUACAGGAAGCUCCAACUUUCCGUCCUACAGAGGAAGAAUUCAAAGACCCUUUCGAAUACAUCCGCAAAAUCGCGCCGGAAGGAAAGAAAUAUGGCAUUUGCAAGAUUGUCCCCCCCGAUAGCUGGACUCCGCCUUUUGCUAUCGACACAGAGCGAUUCCAUUUCCGCACCCGCCGGCAGGAGUUGAACUCGGUUGAAGGAGGCACCCGAGCGAAUCUCAACUACCUCGACCAACUAACGAAAUUCCAUAAACAACAUGGAAUGAAUCUAAGCCGUUUCCCCAGCGUCGAUAAGCGCCCACUUGAUCUCUAUAAGCUUAAAAAGGCCGUCGAUAUCCGUGGGGGUUUCGAUCAAGUUUGUAAACUGAAAAAAUGGGCCGAGAUCGGCCGGGACUUGGGCUACAGUGGCAAGAUCAUGUCCUCAUUAUCAACCUCGUUAAAGAAUUCCUACCAACGCUGGCUACACCCUUACGAGGAAUAUCUGCGCGUCGCCAAGCCUGGUGUCCAGCAACAGUUGGAGUUUGAGCACGGAGGACCGUACACCCCGUCCCCGGGAACGUCUCCGACCGCUAAACGGUCACAGACAAACAAUAAUCGCUCCUCCGAAGUUAGCAAGAACUCUCCAGCGGCGAGAGCAUCUGCUGCACUCAAUAGUUCGGUGAGAGACAACGAGGUCAAGAAAGACGAAUCUUCAACUCCACUUGAUUACCCCCAGGAACGACAUGUCACCACUUCGGGUUUCACAGCAGUCAAUGCUACUACAAGCGGAUUUUCUGCAAUCAAUGCGCCUCCAUCAUUCGUUGCGGUCAACAGUUCGGCUCCUACGGUAAAACGGGAGAUGGAGAAUGGAACCCAUCCAGCAGCCCUUGGAAAGCAUACCUCGACAUCCAACAACGCCACAGAACAGCACCAGCCUGAAGCUAGCCGUACACCAACCGUCAACGGCCACAGUUCACAACCACUCAAACGUGCAUUCAGCCAAGAAAGCUUGACGGGGAGUUCGCAGACCGACAACCCAGAUACUGAUGGCGCAAACGGGCGACGCAGUAAACGCCUGAAGAAAGAUGGCGUGCCAACGGUCGCGGGGUCGCAUAUGAGCUUACUCCGCCCUACGCCAACUCAGGGGCGAACGAAGAAUGGAACCAGGAAAACCGGAGAUCGGUGUGAAAAUUGCGGCAAGAGUGACGAUCGUCUAACUAUUCUAGCAUGCGACGGAUGUGAAAAUGGUUAUCACAUGCACUGUCUUGACCCGCCCCUUGAAUCAGUCCCCGAUUACGACUGGCAUUGCCCUAAAUGCCUGGUGGGAACUGGAGAGUACGGAUUUGAAGAAGGUGGGAUAUACUCGCUAAAACAGUUCCAGGAGAAAGCGAAUAAUUUCAAGGAAAAUUAUUUUGCUCCAAGGAUGCCAUUUGAUCCCGUUCUCAAUGCUCCUCGAAAGGAAACCGAGGAUGACGUUGAGCGAGAGUUCUGGCGGCUUGUUGAAAGUUUGACCGAGACUGUUGAAGUCGAGUAUGGCGCAGAUAUUCACUCGACAACUCAUGGAAGCGGAUUUCCCACUGUCGAACGGAAUCCUUUGGACCCUUAUUCUGUUGACCCGUGGAAUCUGAAUGUUAUGCCUCUGCACUCAGAGUCGCUCUUCCGGCAUAUUAAGUCAGACGUCUCUGGCAUGACCGUUCCGUGGGUGUAUGUUGGCAUGUGUUUCUCUACAUUUUGCUGGCAUAAUGAAGACCACUACACGUAUUCAGCCAACUAUCAACAUUUUGGUGCUACAAAGACGUGGUAUGGGAUUCCCGGGGAUGAUGCUGAAGCUUUCGAGGAAGCUAUGCGCCAAGCAGUCCCGGAACUAUUCGAAACUCAGCCGGAUCUCUUGUUCCAGCUCGUCACGUUACUGCCGCCGGAUCAAUUGAAGAAAGCAGGCGUCAACGUGUAUGCUCUCGACCAGCGUGCCGGCCAAUUCGUUAUCACAUUUCCACAAGCAUAUCACGCCGGGUUUAACCAUGGAUUUAAUUUCAACGAAGCCGUUAAUUUCGCUCCAUCAGAUUGGGAACCACUAGGCCAAGCCGGAGUAGAGCGCUUGCAGGAAUUUCGACGGCAGCCUUGCUUUUCACACGACGAGUUGCUCAUCACAGCUGCCGCGAGGGAUACAUCUAUUAAAACUGCUAAGUGGCUUGGCCCCGCGCUGCAGCGCAUGUGCAAUCGAGAGCUCGAACAACGCUCGGCCCUACUAGCGCGCCAUCAGGAGCUUCGUCCACAUAACUGUAAAAUUACUGGCGGAGACGAAGAGUCGGAGGAGUGCAAACUAAAAUUCGUGGUUGAGGAUACGGAUCUUCCUGAAGAAGAGUAUCAGUGCAGUUACUGCAAAGUAUACAGUUAUCUGACGCAGUUCAAAUGCCAAAAAAAGGGCAAGACUCUGUGUCUUUUACAUGUCGAGAGCUAUGAUUGCUGUGGAGAAGAUAUCUCGCAAAAAUUACUUGGAGCUAACCAUACCUUACGCUAUCGCAUGUCCGAUGAUGCCUUGAGAUCGUGCGUUCAGAAAGUGGAAGACCGAGCUCGAAUCCCGGAAACCUGGGCCGAAAAGGUGGACAAAAUUCUCGCGGACGAACCGAAACCUUCGUUGAAAGCUUUGCAUGCUUUACUCAGUGAGGGAGAGAAAAUCCCAUAUUUCCUACCCGGUCUGCAGGAUCUGGCCUCGUUUGUUCAGCGUUGCGACAAAUGGGUCGAUGAAGCUAAUAAUUACAUUACUCGUAAACAGCAGAAUCGUCGCAAAAAUGAGAAGGCAUGGCGCAGAGGCAAUUUGGCCAAAGCAGCUCAACUGGAAGAGCGCGAUCGUGAGCUCCGCAGGGUGGAAAAGAUCCAUGCGUUACUCGAGGAAGCGGACAACCUUUCCUUUGAUUGCCCGCAGAUAACAUCGCUUAGGGAAAAGAUCCAGGAGAUUCAGAAGUUUCAAAGUGAUGUCCAAGCUAUUCUUUGCAACCCUCACAUUAGUUCGACCCAGGAGGUCGAGGAGCUAUUAGAUCUUGGAAGGAGCUUCAAUGUUGACAUGCCUGAGGUAGACAAGCUUGAGAAGGCCCUAAGCCAAAUGAAAUGGAAUGAUCAGGCCCGCCGCAAACGGGAGCAACUCCAAACGCUCGAUGAAUGUCGCGAGUUCAUUGCACAGGGCGAGCAGCUAGGCUUAUCUGAGACAAACGAGCAUCUACUUUAUUUCAAAGAAAUGCAUCGCCUAGCAGAAACCUGGGAAGCAAAGGCAAAAGAACUCAUGUCGGUAGAGGCUGUGCACUACCAACAGCUGGAAGCACUUUCCUCACAGGCAGCUAAAUUGCCUGUGUCCCCCGAGACCCUUUCUGCAGUUGACGCCAUCUUGACAAAGCAACGUGAAGCACAACGACAGAUCUCCUCAUUCUAUGAUGGAAGCAGAAAUCCGGAUUUUAGGAAAAGGCCCCAUUAUAAGGAUGUCCGUGAUCUUAUGGAAUCUCUGACGGAAUUGAACAGCAAGCCGAAUGGAACCAUCGACCUGGAAAAGGAGCAGAAGCGCCAUGAGGAUUGGAUGCGGAAGGGUAAGAAGUUGUUUGGCAAAGCCAACGCUCCAUUGCACAUACUCAAGAUGCAUCUACAAUAUGUUGAAAAGAAGAACUCAUUUUGCUUCGAUCUUGAGGACCGGUGUCGUCCACCUGUUGAACCGGCGUCGCGAGAGGCAAGUCCCGAUGCUGAGGCUCAUAAUUGGACUGGUAGUAGGUCGAAGAAAAAGGAUGUAUUCUGUAUCUGUCGGCAACAGGAAGCUGGGCUAAUGAUCGAGUGCGAACUUUGUCAUGAGUGGUACCACGGAAAAUGCCUGAAAAUUGCGAGAGGCAAAGUCAAGGAAUUUGACAGCUAUACUUGCCCCAUUUGCGAUUGGCGUGUCAAGAUCCCUCGCGAUGCAGCUCGUCCCAAAUUAGAAGAGUUGCUUGAUUGGCAGGCCGAAAUUCCUGACCUCCCAUUCCAACCCGAAGAAGAACAGAUUUUGGAGUCGAUAAUUGACCAAGCAACAUCGUUCCGGGAUUUCGUGCGACCACUCGUGAACUCUGCUGCCUGCAUGACUGCCGAAGAAGUUCCAACACAGAUCUUCUAUCUCAGGAAGAUGGAAGGGGCAGAAGUCCUCCUUGCCUUUGAAACGAAUUAUUUUCGCCAGGAGAUCCAUAAAUGGGCACCUGUCGCUCCCGAUCCGCCUCCAAUUCUUGAAGUGUCCUUAUCUACUCGCAAGCCACGACCGACAAAACAGCAAAAGAUGAUGGCCCAACUUGGAGUUGAGAAACCUGAAGAUCUUCCACUUCACCUACGGACCAAGCAGCAUACAUUUUCCAGCAAGCGUAAAUCAACCGAAUCCCAUGCUUCUGGACGGCCUCCCCCCUUACAACCGGCACCUCAGAUUCGCUCCAACACACCAUCCGGUGACCCUCGAUCUGCUUCCACAGGCAAUGUGCCGACUCCGACUAGUGUAGCCCCGCCAGCCCCCGCUUCUCAACAUCCGGCUGCAUUCUCAUUCUCACAUCCGUUCCCAAUACCUUCAAAUGACGCAAAUCCGUCUUACGCCCCUACAUCAUCAGCAUACCUCCCAGGUGUGAACAAUGUGCAUUCCCCUUCGUUCGACCCCACCUCCCCACCAUCUCACCACCAAGGUCUCGAUCCAUCCCUAUUCAGCCCUCCAAGCUUUACCCGAAGCAACCCCCUCCAUACUCAGAACAUGGGUAAAGACCACGACGAUAUGGGUGGCCCAAUGGCCUUUGCCAGUAGCCCACGUGGAGGGGACAUGGAAGACCUUUUUGCCGAGAUGACGAACCAAGACACGGAGCAAAUGGAGGCGUUGGAGGUUAGCCAUGCGAAUGAGGCGCUGGAGGCACUUCGAAGCGCUAGUAACAGUGGCGCGCAGGACCGCUCUGCUUCUGGAUCUGGCGAUGAUUUCGGCGAGGAGAAUGGCGGUGAUGGCCAGGAUCGCGAUGGUGAGGAUACGUCGAACAACCUCCUUGCCGACGAAUUCUUGACCUGAUUUCUCUUACGAUUGAUUGCGUUUGACCAACUCCCAGUGAAGGAUGUGCUUCAUUAUUUUCCCUAUCUUCUACUCUGCUGUUAUCGAAGCCCUUUUUACUCCCUCUUUUUUCCUGUUUUUAACGCCGUUAAUCUAUGCCCCACUCUGCCAUUUCCUUCUUUGUUCAAUGUUUGAGAUUUCAUGUGGAAUUUCUUAUUCUUUUCCCCUUAUCCCAUUUUCAAACUUCUUGCCUUUGAUUUUGUGUUCCUUCUUCUUUGCUUUAUGUAUUUUUUUUUCUUUCCCCCCCCCCCCCUACUGUUCAAUUACACUCCUGUAGACAAAAUGAUUAUAACAUCAACAUUAUUACCACAUUACACGGCGCGCCACGGAUGGGUUAAUUUUUAUGGGGGUUGCGGGUGGAAUCUGCAAAUGGGAAGGAUAUUUUAGGUGGGCGCUCUUCUGUUUUUUUUUAACUUUUCUCGUUUCGUUUCUUUUCUUCUCUUUUUCCUUGCUACAGUAUUAUUGACUACUCUGGAAUGCUCGUAUUAUCUACCCGAAUGGUGUCAUUGCUUCAGUUGCGCAUUUUAUUCUCUCUAUUUAUUCUUAUCAUUUUUAACUUUUUUUUAUUAUUAUUUAUUAUACAUUUCUGUCAACCUAUUGUGUGAUUGCUCACUUCUGCGCAUCGUCAUAUGUUACGUUGAGUCGUUACAUGCGAAGGAGAAAGAAAAUCCACUCGUGCCUGGCUCUUCCUAGCUCCCCUUCUGUCGAUUUAAAUAAAUGCGAGGGGAAAAAAAGGGAAGAAGGGAAUUUUUUCAUUUGUGGCGUAACGCGAAAGAAGAUCAAUUUCCGGCACAUAUGUCUUGGUCCUUUCUGUCAAUGAUAUAUUUUCUUCUUCCUUUCUCCGUCUACCUGCCGGCGUUACUUCUGUAAGGUAGAUUUAAUUUAUAUGUUCUGACGAUUUGUUUUCCCUUGUUUGCGCACACACUACACUCCGCCUGGAAAACGGCCUGCUUCUUGCCUAUAGAUCAAUAAGCAAGUAAUAAUGAUAAUAUAAUUAUGACUUUUUAAGUGUGA